GGCAGUAGCGUGGGUCAUGCCUUCGCCAUCCUAGCUAGCUAGGCACCGGGCACUUGCCACCGCGGCAGAUCUGACCGACCUUCCGAAGUCAUUUUACAGAGAACCAGGAGGACCAGGGCUCUCCUGCACAUUCUAGCCUCAUAGAAUGGGAAAUCUGCUGUUCGCCAUCGGGAAUGACACCACCAUGUCUGAACAAGUGAAUGGAAGGAGGUUCAUUACCAAAAGGAUCAGCAGUGGCAUAACUUAUUAUUACACUCCUUUCUCAGGGGCAGGGGAAGAGACAGUAUGUGCUGCCAAAGCAAACUGUCAAACCUCCACUGCUCUUUGCCCCAUAUCACACUCCGCUUUGCCCCUCAGCAACUCCUCCUCUGUAGAUCCUGCCUCCUCUCCGUUGCUCUCAGAUUCACCUUCACACACACCUGUCUCCUCCCAAAACCAAUUCGAUUCUGCAGCCACUUCCCACCCUCUUCUUGUUUUCUUUUCCUGGCUCGGUGCCCAGCCAGGGGUGGUGGGCAAGUACAGGGACCUUUACUUGGACCGUGGCAUGGAUGUCCUCCUGGUUCAGACUAAUGUAAUGCACUUCCUGUGGCCUCGAUGGGGGCUGGACCACGGGUUGGAGGUUUUGAAGGUUCUGGAGGAGCCUCAGUUCUCAGGGAGGGCGGUGCUGGUCCACGCCUCCUCCAUUGGUGGCUACACUUUCACCCAGACACUCACCCACAUUGCUCAGGGACAGAAAAAACAUGCAGGGCUGGCCCAGAGGGUGAUAGGGCACAUCUAUGACAGCUUGGUGGUUGGCACUCUGCAUCACAUGGCGAUAGGCCUUGGCAAUACUCUGAUGCCACGUUUUUCGAACUUCAUCAAAAACAUCGCCAUGCUUUACUUUUGGCUCUUCAAAACCCAAACAGCAGACUUCUACAACAACAGCGUCCAGGUUUUCCGCAACAACCCGAUUACUGCACCGGCCCUAUUCUUCUUCAGUGAAAACGAUGCUCUGUGCAACCUGGCUGACAUGGAAACUUUAAUUGACCUCUGGAGGAAGAGGGGUAUGACUGUGGAGAGCAGGAAGUGGAAGGAGUCGAGACAUGCAGCCCACAUGCGAUGCCACCCAGAAGACUACCUCUUUACGCUGGAGAAAUUCUUGAACUCGUUGCCCAUUUCCUCCCCCAAUGCAAAAAUGUAAACUAUUGGUGGGGUGGGUGUGUGUGUGUGUGUGUGUGUGUGUGGGGG